ACUUCGAAAAAUGCCUAUUUUUUUUUCCUUUUCAAAUCAACAUUUUCUCCUUCCUUUCUUUCAUAUCCUUCCUUGUUUUAAGCUGGUUUGCUCCCAAAUACCCGAGUUUGUUUUCCCCCAACAAUAAAAAAAACAAUCCUUAAUGAUGAAGGCUUUUCAUAAUCUCCUUUCAUUAAAAAAGAUAUAAAAUCUAGCCAAAGACAAAAGAAUGGCAACAAGGGCAAGGGACACAGCUCCUUCUCCUGCAGGGAAGGAGAAGAGAGGAACAUCACCAAUACAACACCAGAGAAGCACAACAAACACAUCAAAAACAACAUCCCCUAUCCGAAAACAAGUUGAUCCAACAUUAACAACAGCUAGUACCUUAAACAAGAACACUCCCAGCUAUCUCAAACCAACAAUUGCUCAAGCCAAGAAGUCUGCAUCCUCAAGUGACUUGCACAACACUCACAGUACCAAAACAUCUAAUCUAUCUCGAAGAAGAUCAUUCGAUAAUAAGCCUCCCUUACCUUCUUCCUCUCCAAAAACUCGAAUUUCCCCUAGUCCUAGGGAGAGAAUUCCUCGUUCAUCCUCGUCUUUAUCAACCAAGACUUCUACUUCCCAUAGACCCCUUUUGGAUAAAUCCUCAAAAACUACUACCAGUAAGGAUGCCAUUGGGAAACAACGCGGUGCUGGCCUAAAUUCUAGGCCAGUGACCAAAAAAAAGACAACCACAACUACAACCAGGAAGCAUGAUAGUGCUAGUGGUUCAACUACAAAAGCAUCGGUAACAACAAAUUCUCCAGAUGUAGCUCAGAAUGUCAUUUCUGAGGGUGAACAGUCAGAGCCAGAGGAUCAUCAAGAACUAACAAUUCAUGAAACGGAAAAGGAAACGAUCAUAAGUGACAAUGAAAUGAUUGCUGAUUCUGAUGCAGGGGAGAAUGAUAUUGAUUCAGCCACAGAGGAUCACAUUGAAGAGAUUAUUGAUGAAAAUGUAAACAAUGCUGAAUUAAAGGACAUCAAAGCUGCAGCUGAACAAGUGGAAAAUCAAGAAACCAAAAUUGGAGAACCAGAAGAAAUCAGCAAUGAGCCUAAUGAACCUGAUUCAUCAGAGAAGGAAAAAGAAGAAAUAGUCACAAAUGCAUCCGAGGAGAUUCAAGAAUCGAAAGAGGAGGACGAAAAAACAAACCAAGAAAAAGAAACUCCCAUGGCAGAAGAAACCGAAAGUCUCAAUCCCAAGCAAAUUGGGGUCGGGGUAGAAGAAAGUACAGAAGCAGAGCCAGCGAAAAAUAUGAAUGUGGCAUCAUCAAAAUUUCAACAUCAAGUGGUGCAAGGCAAGAAUAACGAAUCAGUGGUUUCAAAUAAUGUGAUUGAAGAGACUGCAAGCAAACUUAGGGAGCAAAGGAAGAACAAAGUGAGAGCAUUGGCUGGUGCUUUUGAAACUGUCAUCUCCCUGCAAGAGCACAAAUGAGUGCUCAUCUAUUGUCAAGUAUGUGAACCAUCCCUUGUUGUAUGCUUAUAGCUUUCUAAAAGUAGAACUGUUCUAUUUUAAAGUUUGUAAGUGGAAUUUGUAAUUAUUUUUCAUACAUUAUGUGAAACAGUGGGCAUUAAUUGUUUUUAUGCUACUUUUCUAAGUUUAAUCCCAUUUAUAUACACAAUUAUGACAAACUAGAAGAGUAAGAGACAAAUUUGUAACAUGCCCAUAAUAAGUGGAAUUAAUAACUUGAAAAAUAAGAUAUAUAGUAUGUUAUAAUAAGUUAAAUUACACUGUCAGUUCAUAAUAGUUAAAAACAAUUUACAAUACCUCUUCGCUAUUUGAAGAAAAAUUCUAAUCUUGGUAAUACAUUGAAUUUCAGGAUGUAAACUAGAAACAACAGAUGAACAAUGAACAAAACAUUGAAUUGGAAGUUCUCGCAAUUACAUAAUUCUCCUAAUGGUUAAGGAAUAACCAAAAAUGUUAUCACAAGUGAUCUUUCGCUAAUAUAUACUGAUUUAGAAAUACAAAACUGUGCAUAAAAUAAAGAAAAAAGAAAAAGAAGGGCAUGAAAAUAAAGAAAAAAGAAAUAAAAGGUAGAUAGUGUGAACAUGUUGACUUUUCUAAUGCUUUGUAGUAUUUUUCAUUUUCAUACUAUAUACUUCGAUGGUUGUUCUGAUAU